AUGACAGUUCCUAGUGUUGUAAGCCGAUUAGAGGCUAGUCGGCUUAGUCGACAAACUAAAAAUUUAUUGGUCGAAGUUCGACUAUUGUUUACUGACGACUUAGUCGAUGACUCAGUCAGUCGACUGUUAGUCGAUCGGCUAACAACACUAACAGUUCCAGUAAAC